AUGAACUGGGAAGCGCUCCAAGCCAUCUUAGGAGGUGUAAACAAACAUUCUACCAGCAUUGGAAAGAUCUGGCUUACCAUUCUCUUCAUUUUCCGUGUCAUGAUUCUCGUAGUUGCUGCAGAAAAGGUCUGGGGAGAUGAACAGCAAGAUUUUACUUGUAACACUCUACAACCUGGAUGCAAAAAUGUCUGCUAUGAUGAAUAUUUCCCAAUUUCUCACAUCAGACUUUGGGCUCUCCAGCUUAUCUUUGUCUCUACUCCUGCACUUUUAGUGGCAAUGCAUGUUGCCUACAGAAGGCAUGAGAAGAAAAGAAAACACAGGCAUGGAGAGAAAGUUGACAUUGAAGCUCUAAAAAGACAAAAAUUUCAUAUUGAGGGCUCCCUAUGGUGGACAUACACCAGCAGUAUAUUCUUCCGAAUUAUAUUUGAAGCUAUCUUCAUGUAUGUAUUUUAUUUCAUGUACAGAGGGUACAAAAUGCCUCAUGUAGUAAAAUGCAGUGACUUUCCUUGCCCAAAUACAGUAGACUGUUUUAUUUCCCGACCCACAGAGAAAACUGUAUUUACCAUGUUCAUGCUGGCUGUGUCAGGUGUUUGUAUGCUCUUAAAUGUACUUGAGUUAUUUUAUUUGAUGCUAAAGCUUUGCAUGAAGAAACCUAAGACUGUAAAGGUGGGCAAUCAUUAG